AGUUGGGUAGAAGACCAUUGAUGCCUGAGCUGAUUUCGAGGACCCGGACAAGGAGAUCGGGAGGUGUUGUCGACGAGCGCACUAGGAUGUAUCUUGAAGAAUAUGAUAGACGACUUGCCAUUUUUCUGGAAAAUAAUCCUCAAUUCAUGCCAGCAGAGGGGGAGCCGCUUAACGCGGAUGUUGAUCACUACAUUUGGUGUGACGUUAUUAAAGAUAAAGGGCCUAAUGGUUGCUUUUUUGGGGCUGGAAAUUUGGCGUCCAGCUAUAGAUCUGGUGACCGUAAUCUGUUCCAAAGAGUUCAGGAUGGAGAGGGUGGAUCGCGUCAACCAAAUCUGACACAGGAACAAACUGAAUUAGUAAGGCAAUUGGCGAGACGCGAAAGUGAGGCCCAGAUCGAGAUGAUGCGGAAGAAGCAGUCUGAUAUGGAGGAGCAGCAUGCGCGACAGAUGGAGGGAAUUAUGAAGAAUUGCAGCAUAAGUGAAUGGAGAAUUUCAAAAGAAAUUGAUAGCUUAAAGUUGGUGGUGGCUUUUGGAUGA